UGCAAAACUGGAUUUUCAUUUUCUUGUGUAAGAUUAUAGUAUCAUGAAUGAACGGUUCUAGAACACCCACUCUUCGGAAGCCUCGUUUCUACAUUGAGAGCGGGGAAGGCGAAAGAAGGCCGGGGAACCCCUUUCCCCAUCCUUCUUUCGCCACCGAAGGAUUCAAGCUCACCGGAUACACACAGAGGAGGAACUUCGGUACAUAUCAGAAGAACCGUUUGUUAGAAACGUACCAUGGGAAUGAUGCAUUGAGGCUGUAUGAGGACACAUUAGACCGAUA